UGCACGUCGGGUAUGUAAUGAAACAUGUUUGUACGUCGUUUAAUAAAAAAAAUAAGCGUUGAUAUUGUGUAUAAAAUAUUAAUAAUUUUAUUAUAAACAGUCAUCAUAUUAUCAUUUAAAUUAUUACCUAAUUUCAUUUGUUACUUUAAACAUGACGUGGACAUCUACAGGUUAAAUUUGGUAAAUAAUUUGCUAAGAAACUUGUUUAUUGAUGUAAUCUAUGUGUACUAGACGAAAACAAUUGAUAAUAAACAGGACAGUUAUUCCUUAUUAUAUGUUAAAAGUUUGAUAAAUUAAAAAUGUGUGAUCAGACAGAAAUAAGUUAUUUAGAUGGUGAUAUUGUCUGGGUUAAACUUGGUUCAGCAUGGUGGCCUGGACAAGUAACUGGUUUAGAUAAUUUACCAGAUGUUUUACAAGCACAAUAUAAAAAAAAACCACACAUUGCUGCUGUUAAAUUUUUUCAAGAAGAUUCAUAUGAAUUGGUUAGAAAUAUACAGCAAAUUUAUAAAUACAAUUGUCGACAAAAAGAUUUUUAUAAAAAAGGAUUAGAUAAAUAUCGUUCAAGAAGUAAAGAUGGUACAAAUUAUAUGGAUAAAUUUCCUGGUGAUGUUGAAACAGCUGAAAAAUUAACUGAUGGUGAUCCAGAUAUAUUAUCAUCAUCAAAAUUUUGUGAACAAAAAAAGCCAGAUAUAUCAUCAUUAUUUGGUGAAAAAAAAUUACCAAAACAAAAAGAUAAAGAUGAUACAAUAAAUAAUAGAAAAUCAUUAAUUGGUAGUAAUGAUACACGUAAAAUAACACAUCCACGUUUUAUUGGACGUAAAAGUGAUCAUGAAAUUCGUAUAAGACAACAAAAUACUAAAAAUUUUAAUCCAUCAACACCAACUUUAAAUGAUUCAUCAUCUGCAAUAACACCAACAGCAACACCAACAAGAACAACACCAUCAACACCAAGUAUAUAUACAUGUCCACAUUGUGAUUAUACAUCAACACGUCUUAAUGUUAUUAUUUGUCAUAAUAAAUCACAUCGUAAUAAUGUUACAAGACCAAGUAUAACACCAGUACGUCGUCCAAUUCCACAAAAAAGUCGUACAGUUAGUGCUAGUAUUGGUGCUGUUAAUGAUGGUGAAAUACAAAAACGUAAAUAUACACGUAAAAAUAAAAGUUUAUCAGUUAAAUUAAAGGAUGAUAAAAUUAUUGAUACACCAAAACGUAAAUAUAAUAAAGGUAUUGAAAAACCACCUAAAAAAAAGAAAAAUGAUCCGGAAAUUAAAGAAGAACAUAUACGUGAAUCAUUAUUGGCUGAUUGGGAAGAUGGAUCUGAAGAUGGUGAUAUGGAUAUUGAUCUUGAUAAUUCAGCAUCUGAAGAUUUUCCAAGUUCACCAUCUAAAAAUAUUAAUAAAGAAAAAAUUAAUAAUGAUAAAGAUAUUGACGAUGUUGAUAAAUCAUUAUCACCAAUUAAAAAUUCAACAAAUCUUAUUGAUACAGAUGUUGAAGUUGAAAAACAACAACAACAACCACCACAACAACAACAACAACAACAACAACGUUCUCCGUUAUUAAAGAAAUUUAAAAAGUUGGAUGAUUCAAAAACAAAUUUAUCAUCUAGUGAUGAUAAAAAUGAUCAAAAAUCAAAAUUAUCAUGUUUUGAUUUUGAUGAAGAUGAAGAACCACAACCAGCAUUACCACCAGCAAGAAAAAUAACACGUGUAUUUGGUGAAAAAAAUAAAUCACGUAAAAAAGAACUUAUUAAAGAAUUUACAAGAACAUCACAAGCAUUUGCUAAUGAAAAAGUUGAUGAAGAAGAACAAGGAGAUUUAUCACAAAAACAAUCAAAAGAAGAAAUUAAAAAAUCAGAUAAUGAUGAUAAAAUUAAAGAUAUUGUUGAUGAUGAUAAUGAUGACGAUGAUUUUAAUGAUAAAAUUAAUCGUGAAAUAAAUGAGACAACAGAAUUAGUUGCUAAAAUUGCUGAAACAACAACUGAUUUAAUACCAUCAAAAUCUGAAAUAAUUGAAACUAUUGAAACAAUUGAAAUUUUAAAAGUUAAUGAAGAUCAAGAAGAUAUUGAAGAAGAAAAAGAAAUUCAUGAUGAUGGUGAUGAUAUGAUGGAAGAUGUCAAAGAAAAAAAUGAUGUUGAAGAUAUUGAAGAAACAAAAAAUGACAUUGAAAUGAAAAAAGUUGAAGAAAAAGAAGAACAAGUUGAUCAAAUGGUUGAAGAAAAAGACGACCUAGAUGACAAAAUGAACGAAGAAAAAAUGGAACAGGAUGAUAAAAUUGAUGAAGUAAUGCAAGAACAAGUUGAUAAAAUAGAUGAAGAAAAAGAAGAGCUAGUUGAUAAAAUGAAUGAAGAAAAAGAAGAACCAGUUGAUAAAAUAAAUGAAGAAAAAGAAGAGCUAGAUGAUAAAAUCAAUGAAGAAAAAAUAGAACAGGAUGAUAAAAUUGAUGAAGUAAUGCAAGAAGAUAUAGUAGAAAAAAAUGAAAAAAUUGAUAAACCAGUUAUUGAUGCUGAUCAAGUUUUGGAAAUGAAUAAUGAAAAUAAAAAUACAGAUGUUGAAUUAACAAAAGAAAAAGAAAACCAAGAUAUCGAAGCAGAUAAAGAAGAAAAAACUCAAGAUAUUGAAUUUGACAAAGAAGAAAUUGAUAAAAUUGAUCAAGAAGAAAAAAUUCAAGAAAUUGAAACAACAGAUCAAGAAAAAAGUGAACAAAUUGAAGAUGAUUUAGAAAAUAAUAAAUUAAAUUUAACUGAAUCUGCUAUUGUUUCAGAAUCAGAAAUAAAUAAAGUUCAAGAAAUUUCAGAUUUAAAAAUUAAUGAAACUGAUGAAAUGCUACAAUCAGAUAGUGAAAAAGAAAUUAUAAAUUCACCAAAUGAAUUAAUUGAAUCUGCACAAAUAAUUAUUGAACCUGAAACAAUAAAAGAGAUCAAUGACGAAAAAAUGGAAGAUAUUGAAGCAAAAAUUGAAGAUAUAGAAGAAAAAGUUGAACAAGUUGACCAAUCAAUUGAAAAAAUUGAUGAAGAAAUGAAAACAGACGAUGAAAAAAUUGAUACUAUUGAAGAAAGUCGUAUAACAAUUGAAGCUGAAGAAGAAAUGUUAUCAGUAUCAGAAUUAACAGCAGCAACAACAUCAGGAACUUCAAGUAAUAUUGAUAAAACUUUUUCACAAGUUAAUAAAAUAAAUACUCCAACAAAAAUUGAAUUUAUUGAUAAUAAAACAAUAACACCAGAUGUUCCGGAAAAAAGACGUCGUGGUAGACCUAGAAAAACACCAAUUCCAAGUUAUAUGAGUGGUAAUGGUGAUUCAUUAAUAAAAAUUGACGAACCAAAAACACCUGGUACACCAGAUAGUCAAGAUUUUGAUCGUAAAACAUCUGAAUCUGAUAAUGAAAAAUCAAAUGCUGGAAGAAGAAGAAAACCAAGUAAAAAAUAUUUAGAAUCUGAUAUGUAUUGUCCAAGUCCUGGUAGUAGAACACCAAGAACAGAUGACAGUCAAUCAGAAGCUGAAGAUAAAUCAUUGACAAUUAAAAAACGUGGUAAAAGAGGUAGAAAACCAUCUAAAAAAUCAAUAGCUAAAAGUAUUGAAGAAUAUGAAUUUUCAGAUCAAACACUUGAUAGUGCUGAAGAAUCAAUGAUUGGUGAACCAAUUAAAAUUCAAGAUAUUAAUAAAAAAACAGAUACAUUAUCACCAGUUGAUUUAACUGAUUUAUUAGUUAAUUCAGAUAUUGAAAUACGUGAUAAUAAAUCACAUGACGAUAAUAAUGAUGAUGAUGAUAAUAAAAUUGAUAAACUACCACCUAAAAAAUCACAAAUUAAAAAAUUUGAAUCAUCACAAUAUGAAUUUUUUGGUUCUGAUGAUAAAGAAGAAUCAACAAAAGUUAUUGAAACAAUAACAACAGCAACAACAACAACACACACUGAUAUUUUAUCUGACAAUAAUGUCAAUGAAAUUUUAGUUGAAAGUAAAAUUGAAGCUCCACAAAAAGAAGAACAUUCAAUCGAAAUUCAAAUGGAAACAAAUGAAAUUUCUGAUGUAAAUGAAACAGUUAUUGAAGAAACUAUUGAAAAUAUUAUUGUUGAAAAUGAUAAAAAAAUAAUAACUGAAGAAAAAGAAGAAGUUGUCAAUGUUGUUGAGCCACUAAAAUCAUUAAUUGCAAAUGUAGAAGUUAGUGAAGAAAAUAAAUCAAUGAUUGUUGAUACUAAUAUGUCAAUUGAUGAAGAAAAAGAAAAAAUAGCUGAUGAAGUUGUUGUUCAAGAUAAUGUUGUUAUUGUUGAAGAACAUGUGGAGACUAUUGAAGAAGUUGUAACAUUACCUGAAGUUACAACAGAAACUGUUGUUGAAGAAAAAAUUGAAGAGGUUGCUUUAUCAAAUGAAGAAGUAAUUGAAGAAGUUUCUGUUGUUGAAGAAAAAAUUGAAGAAAUUUCUUUAUCAAAUGAAGAAGUAAUUGAAACAACUGAAGUUGUUGAAAAAAUUGAAGAAACAACAGAAAUAGUUGAACAAAAAUUACAAGAAAAUGAAGAAAUACCAGUUCAAGUUGAAAAUGUUGAACAAAUAGUGGAAAAUAUUGAAAAAAUACCGGGAAAUAUUGAACCAAUAGUAGAAAAAGUUGAAGAAAUGGCAGUUAGAAUUGAAGAAAUACCCGUUAAAGUUGAAGAAAAAAUGGUACAAUUAUUGGAACAAGUUGAAGCAAUGGAUAAUCAAACAGAAGAAAUUGUAACAACAAUGCCAGAUAAUGAAACAACUGAAACAACUACAACUGAAAUUAUUGAAACUACAGAAAUACCAUUACCAAUAAUUCAAGAGACUCCAAAAAUACAAGAAAUAAUUGUAUCGUCACCUAAAAAAGUUGAACCAAUUGUUAAUAAAAUUACAACAAUCAACCAAAAUAUAAUUGAAACACCACAACAAAAAUCACAAGAGCUAAUAAUGCCAGUUAAAAAACGUGAAAAACCAAGAAUCAUUGAAAAUGUUACUCUAAAACAACCAAUGCAAAUAUUAAAAACAAAAUUAUUAGAAAAACCAAGAUCACAAAAACACAAACUAGAUAUUGAUAUGUUAAAAAGAAAUAAAUCAACACCACCAACAAAAAUCAUGAGAAUUGAUCCACAAUUAAUAAAAACAAAAACAAGUGGAAAAAUUGGAACAGGACAACUUACAAUAUCAAAAAAAUUAGAAGUUUUAAAAGCUGAUGAAGCUAAAAAUGAAGCUAUUAAUGAAGAAGUACUUGGUAAUACAUCAGGAGUUAUAAGUUUAGCUACAAGUGGAUCACAAGGUUUUCAAAAUAUGGAAUUAGAUAUUGAUUCAAUACCAUUCAUAUUUCAAGAAGAUUUAAAUCCAGAUAGUAUUAAACAAUUACCAGAUAUGACAUCAACAAUAAUAACUCCAAGUCCAACAAUUCAAACAUCAAUACAACAACCACAACAAACAUCAGCAUUAACAUUUGUACAAACAACACAGCCAACUGUUACUCAACAAAUUCAAUUAGCACAAAAAACACCAGAUAAUAGUGGUGAAUUAUCGCCAUCUAAAAAGAAAAAUUUAUCACCAGCAAUAUUAAAAAAUAAACCAAAAGCUAAACCAACAAUAACAUCAGUUAAAACACUAAUGCCAGGUAGUCUUAAACAAUUAAAAUUUGGUCAAAAUGCACAAGGUAAAACAGUUCCAUUGAUAAACCAAAAAGGUGGUGUACCAAGUAAAUAUAUUAUUCUUCAUACAUCAAAUGCACAACAAAUGCCAUCAAAUAAAACUAGUACACCACAAAAAAUUCCAAUUCCACAAAAUAAAACACCAAAUCAAAUUAUUCAACAGGGUAAUAAAGUUGUUAUAUUAACAUCACCACAAUCUGGUCAAACUAAAAUGUUACCAUUGUCAAUGCAAAAAAAUGUACAACAAAAAAAAAUUAUCAAAGGUAAUCAAGUUUAUACACAAAUAUCUAAAAAUCAAAUUUUACCAAAAACUGAUACAUCAUCAUCGUCGUCAUCAUCAACAACAUCAUCAUCGUCCUCAUCUUCAUCAUCACCAACAACAUCAAAAAUAAUAACUGGACAAAAAAUUAUAAGUACAGCUCAAGGUAAUAUUGUAACAUCAAAAGUAUUUACAUCAGUUCCUGGAAUGCAAAAAAUAUAUGUACAAAGUGAUGGAACUAGAUUAAUUGCAAAAGGUGGACAAGUUUAUACAACAAUUAGUACUGGUGGAUUAACAAAAAUGAUAACUGGACAAAAAACAUUGGUAACUAAACAAGGUACAAUUGUUGGUACUGUUGCUGGUCAAAGUGGAAGUAAAACAAUAUUAUCACCAGUGACACAAGGUAAUAAACAAAUAAUAACACAUAAUUUACAAUCAUCAAAAGGUACAGUGUUAACACCAAUAACUGGUCAACAAGUUAAAGCAAUUGCAGCAAAAGCAUUACCAUCUAAAACACAAAAAAUGCAAUUUAUACAACAACAACAACAACAGCAGCAGCAGCAGCAACAACAAAAAUCUCCAAUAAUAUCUAAAACUCAAAAAUUACCAAUGACAUCUGGUACAAAUAUGGCUGGAGUUAGAGUAGUAACAACAAAUAGAAAUAUUAAAAAUGCUGGACAACAAGUUAUCAUACAAAAUAGUCCAGUACUUAAUCAACAAAGUCCACUUACCAAAGCAACAGCUGUAGGUAAAAAAAUAAUUCGUCAAAAUAUCGUUAAUCAAAGUGGUAAAUCACCACAAUUAUUAUCAUCAUCAUCACCAUCUGGUACAAGUUUACAAAUGACAAAAACAAAAUUAUUAUCUUCUCCUGCAACAACAAUACAAAAAUCAGCAAAUACACCGAAAGGACGACCAUUAAAAUCAUUACAAAAUAAAGUUUUCAUACAAAAAAUUCAAGAUCCAUCAUCAUCACCAUCAACAAAACCAAAUGUUUCAUCAACAAUAACUAAAGUAACUGGUAGUCCAAAAAUGACAAAUUUAAAAACAACACCAGUCGUUAAAAAUAUACAAAAAUCAUUGAUUUCAUCAAAACAACAACAGCCACAACAACAACAACAACAACAACAACAACAACAACUUAGAAAUAUUUCAGCACCAAUGGCAUCAUCAUCAAGUAAUCUACAUACAAUACAAUCAUCUCCUCCACCACUUCAAGAAAUUAAAAAGUCUGAUAUUGAAGAAACAAUUAAAGUAGUUACUACUGCUUCUCCAAUAGCUACAACAUUGUCAUCUCAACCACCACCAUUAGUAUCAGCAGUAACAGCAACAACAGCAUUAGCAAUUACAACAACAGUAGCAACAACGACAACAACAGUAUCAGCAGUAGUAGCAGCAGAAGCAGCAAUGACAACAACAGUAGCAACAACAGCAGCUAUUGAAACAAAUGAAGUCAUUGUUAAACAAAAUACUGAAGUUGGUGUACAAUCACAAACUGAAGUAUCAACUGAAAGUAAUGAAACAUCAGAUGAACAAAAAGUUGCAACUUCACAAAUAAUAAUGUUUCCAGCACCAAGUGUAGAUGGUAGUCCAUCAUUUAGUCUAUAUGUUGUUGAUGAAAAUGGAAUUGCAAAUCCAAUGGAUAGCACUGCAAUAAUGGCAUUAGAUGGACUAUCAAUUGAUCCAAAUUCAUCAAACUUCGUAAUACAAUUUGAUGAUGAAGCACAAAUACAAGCACUUGAUGCAUCACAAACUAUACAACAACAACAACAAGAACAACAACCAUCAGCAACACAAAUUGUAUCAACAAAUUCAAAUCAAGAUAUAUUAGCAGCAGCAUUAGCAAAUAGUGAUUUUCAAGGUGAAAUAAGUAUGCCUGAAACUUCAAGUACAUCAGUUUUAUCAACAGAUAUUAAUCAAACAAAUUUAAUUAGUCAAACAAUAUUACAAUCAACUUUAGUACCACCACCAGCUGAAAAAUUAUCAUCAAAUGUACAUGAAACAUCAUUAACAUGGGAUAGACCAAUAAUGACACCACUUGAACUACCAACCUUAACACAAAAUACAACGACAAAUUUAUCAUCAUCAGUACCAUUUAAUAUAAAUUAUAUGACUGAUGUUGAUAAUACAACAUUACCUGGUAAUUCAAUGCCUGAUAUUGGUGAAACUGUUGAUUCACAUAAAACUAAUGAUGAUGAAGAUGUUACACAAAAAUCAACAGCAGCAUUAACAACAGCAACAACUCAAUAUUUAGAUUUAUCAAAUUUAGAAACAAAUGAAACAAUAGUAACAACAGUAUCAACAAGUAUACCAUCAACAUCUUCAAUAUCAUAUUCAGUAUCAAUACCAGAUAAUAUUACAAGUGGUGUACAAACAACUCCAUCAAUGCCAAUAAUUGAUGAUAUAUUUUCUGAUAAUAUUGAAUUUAAUAAAAAAACAAUUGAUAAUAAAUUUUCAUCUAAAAAUAAAAAUAAUAAUAAAACAAAUAAAAAUAAUAAAAAUAAAAAACUUGAUAAAAAUAAUAAACAAGUUACAACAGAUGUACCAAUUGAUAAUAAUGUAUUAUUAUUAAAAAAUAAUGAUGAUAAAUUAAUAAAUCAACAACCAGAAACAAGCCAAAAAAUAUUAGAUAUGCCAAUUGUUGGUGAUACACCAAUUAUUGAUAAUAAAAUUGAAGAUAAAAAUAAUGAUGAUGACGAUAAUAAAAAUUUAUUAAAUUCUGAUGUUGUUGAUUCUUGUAUGACUGCUGUUGUUGAUAAUUCUUGUAUUAUAACAGAAUCAAGUAAUGAUGUACAAUCAACUGCAAAAAUAAUUGAUAAUAAUAAUCAAGAUAAUGAUGUAAAAAAUGAUGUAUUAACAACAACAAAUAAUCAAGAAGAAGCUGAAACAUCAGAUAAAAAAGUAGUUAUUUGUGAUAAUAUUGAAUCAAUGGAAGUUGAUGAAAUUGUUUAUAAUGCUGUUGAAGAAAUAAAACAAACAGCUGAAUCAUCAAAUGUACAAGAAAUUGAAGCAAUGGAAUGUACAUUUAAUGAGGAUACAGUUGAUGCUGAACAAAAUCAAGAAAUACCAUCACAAUCAUUUGAACAAUUUAAAAUAAUUGAUAAUAAUGAAUCACCAUCACAAUCUGUUGAAAAAUCAACAGAUUCACGUGAACCAUCACAAUCAGAAGCUGAUGAAUUAAUGGAAAUAAAUAAUGAACCACCAAGUCAAUCAUUUGAAAAUUCAGCAUUACAUGAAGCAUCACAAAGUUAUCAAGAAAAUUCAAAUAUAAAUAGUAGAUCAGAUCAAAUUGAUGAUCCAAGUUUUCCAACUCAAAGUUAUGAUGUUGGUAAAAUUGAUAAUAUUACUGAAAAUAUUGAAACAGAUUGUGAAUUAAGUCAAGAAGGUAAUAUACCAUCACAAUCAAAUGAUGUUGAUAUUGAUGGUAUUGGUACAUCAACAUUUACAAAUCAAGGUAAUGAUGAUGAAACAGCAAGUUCAAGUUAUGUACCUGAAACACCAGAAGCACAAGAACGUGAUCAAGAUCAAGAAUCAGCAAUAUCAACAUCAAGCUAUGAAAUACCACCAUCUGAUGAAAUUAAUAUUGCAUCAUCAAGUCUUAUACCUGAUACAUCGGGUAAUGAACAUGCAAAUAUACAUGAUAAUGGAGUACCAGAAAUACCAACAAGUUCAUAUAAUUUAAAUCCAGAUUCAAGCUCAACACAUAUUGAUUCACAAGUGCCAAGUUCAAGUUUUGAAGAUCAAAUUGUUAUUGAACAAAAUGUAUCAACAAGCUAUGAUAUACCAAUAUCAAUGCCAAGCAUUGAAGAUAAUUCAUCAUCUGGUAAUUUUGUUAGUGAAUCUGGUGAUCAAACAAAUGAACCAACAAGUUAUUAUGCUAGAAAUCCAGAGGAUGUUACAUCUGAAGCAAGUCAAAGUUAUUUUGAACGUGAUGCUCCAAGUCCAAGUUAUAAUGAACAAAAUGUAUCACCAAGUUAUUAUGAUGCACCACAAGAAGCAAGUCAAAGUUUUUAUUCAACACAAGAAAUUGAAAGAACUGCUGAACAAUCAUCGUCUUCAUCAUCAUCAAGAAAUGUUGAAGCAUCACAAAGUUUUUAUCAAGAUAAUUCAGAUGAAUUAAGAUUAACACAACAACAAGGUGAAGCAACACCAACUUAUUAUCCAUUGGACAAUGAUAAUGAACCAAUUGAAAGGCACGAUCUUGUUGAAAGCUCUGUAUCAGCUACACGACCUACAGAAAGGUAAUAAAAAACCUUUCUGUAACAAAAAAAAAAAGAAAAUAUAUAUUUAAACAAUAUUUAAAAUAUAAUUUCUUUUUUUGAUUUUUUUUUCUUUUUGCAAAUGCAAAUAAAAGUUUAAAAAAAAAAAAAGAAAAACCUAACUUCUAAGUGUAAAUAUAGUAACAAAAAAUAAUAAUAAUAAUAAUU